GUGGCCGAAUGUUUUGAUACGAUAUCUGAGCGUCGCCGGCGAAGUAGCGGCCAGCAAAUCUUCAAGCAGGAAAAAGCGCCAACUUCUGUUGCACCGUCUGAAUCGUUAAGCACUCUGUAAAGCAUUCAGAGACAGGAUUUCUGGUGGAAAAUAUCAAACUUAAAUCUGGAAUGACUCAUUCAGUGAGGUGCGCUCUUGCGUCUCAGUAGGAAUAAAAGUCGGGGGGAAAAAAAAUCACCCUCAAGGUACCGGGGGAGGAAAGAUGCCUGGUCUGCAGGGUGAAAGUGUUGUGGCGGCGCCGGGGAGCCCCGUGAAAAAGAGUAAACUGUCUCUGAAGUUCUUCCAGAAGAAGGAAACCAAACGUGCUCUGGAUUUCUCUGAAUCUCAGACAGAAGAAGCCAAAACAUGUGAAGCAGAGGAGCCUGAGGCAAGCAGCUGCGAUCAGGUGGUCCCUGGUCCUUCUCAGUGUCCGUCCUCACCCAGCCUCCUCCUGUCAUGUGAGAAAAGAGAGAACUUGGUGCCAUUUGUUGGGCUCAACAAUCUGGGCAAUACCUGCUAUUUGAACAGCAUCUUACAGGUUCUUUAUCACUGCCCAGGCUUCAAAGAAGGCGUAAAGAAGCUGUACGAUCUGUCCAUCCGAAAAGAGAAACCCAAGGAAGAAACUGAUAAAAGCGAAGAGCCACAGUGUCAGCAGUCAGACGGUGUGUCGGAGGCUCUGCCAGCUCACAUCGAGCUUCUUGGGAGCUUCAACAAUCUGAUAACUGCAGUCGAGCAGCUGCAGUCUAGCUUCCUGCUCAACCCCGACACCUUCAGCGACGGAGAGCUAGCCACACCGCCUCGCAAAGUUCUGCACACGCUCAGGCAGCUGAACCCCAUGUAUGAAGGCUAUCUCCAACAUGAUGCUCAGGAAGUUCUGCAGUGCAUCCUGGGAUAUAUCCAGGAGGCCUGUGAUACAAUCAGGAAAGAGCUGAAGUUAGAAAGGGAGGAUGAUGCAUCAGAAGUCAAAAUUGAGAAUGGUCUUGAUUUGGGUUCCAGUGGCUCUGUGACAGAAUACAAAUCUUCCCCAGAAGAGGACGGUCAAGUCAACGGCAAAAGAAAGAGUGACACGGAAGUGGGAAAUGCCAAGAAAAAGUCCAAAUCCCUCAAGUCUAAGAAAUCAGACACUGUAGAGGAAGACCUCAGUAGAAAUAGACCUCUCACUCGCUCCAAAAGGAAGUCCACCAAUGAAAUCAGCAUGGAUAGCACCCAGAAUAAAGGUGAUGGGGAGAUGGCGGAGGAAGAGAUGACAAAACUGAAUGGAGAAGUAGGGAGUGAUGAUGAGGGGAAAGGGGGAAAGGUGUGCAAAGAGACGGAUGGGAAGAGGAAGAAGAGAGCUAAGCUGAGCUGGCUAAGGCCAUCUGGAAAACAGCCAAGUAUUUUCUCGAAGUUCCGCAGUGUGGGAAAGAUCAGCUCCACAACUGUGAAAAACCAAAACAAAACGGAGCAGGAAAGUGGACUGACACAUGACCAAACUGAGGAAAACCUUCAACAGCCAUCUACCCAAAACGCAGCCAGAGAUGGCAAGGCUCCCAAACAUCAAGAGGGCCUGGGCCUUAUGGAGCGUUUGUUCCUAGGUCGGCUGGUUCUGAGGACUCGAUGUCUGGAGUGUGAGAGCUUCACAGAGAGAAGAGAGGACUUCCAGGACAUCAGUGUCCCUGUGCUCGAUGACCAACCCAGCAGCCCUGACGACCUCUCUGAGGUCUCUCCAGACCCUAAACCAGAGUUGAAGACUCUGAAAUGGGCCAUAUCUCAGUUUGCUUCAGUGGAGCGCAUCUUUGGGGAGGAUAAGUACUUCUGUGAGACCUGCCAUCAUUACACAGAGGCUGAGAGGAGUCUUCUGUUUGACAAAACUCCUGAAGUCAUCACUAUUCACCUGAAACGCUUCUCUGCCAACGGCUUAGAACUGGACCCGUAUGCUGGCCUUUCUAAAGUGAACACUCCCUUGCAGACUCCUUUGACUUUAUCCCUGGAGGAGUGGUGUACCCAGCCCUCAUCCAGUAACGGUCAGAAUUAUCAGCUGUUUGCUGUGGUCAUGCAUAGUGGUGUCACCAUCAGCAGUGGCCACUACACUGCCUACGUCCGAAUGUCUGAUCUAAAAGAUGCAAAGCUCUGGCUGCAGGACACAAAAACUGAAGAGGAGGAGGAAGAUGGGGUGACGGAAAACAAAGAGGGGGUGCAGGUGAAGGAGAAAGUGCUGGACUAUGAUGAUGGAGAGGUGUCUUUCAGCCUGAAUACAAGAGGACAGCGGCGUGAGAGUUUGGCUGGCAACAAAUCAGGGAACAAAAAGCUGUCAGAGGGGGGUGUUGGACUCUUGGGAGGCCAGAGGAGUUUGUCCAGUUAUGACCUAGGAAACAGCAGCAGUAUGCACACAGAGAAAGCAGCCAGCAGUGGAGCAACAGAGGGAUGUAAUAAGAGAAGAACCAACAACACCUUGAGCCAAAACACUGAGGCUGGACUUAAAAAGGAGCGUGAGGCUGGACUUAAAAAGGAGCCUGAGGCAGGAGAGGAGGUAUCACAGGCUUCCUGUGGCAGCAUGGAGGCCAAAGAGCAGCAGGCUUUAAAUAAGCUCUUAGAAUAUGAAGGUAAAUGGCUGCUGUUUGAUGACUCUGAGGUGCGCUUGUUUGAGGAGGAGGAUUUCCUGCGAGCCUGCUCUCCCGAGAGGAGCUGCUCAUCAACACCUUACCUGCUGUUCUACAGGAGGAUGACUGAAGCUGGACACUAAGAUAGACACAGACCUACAGGAAGCUGAGCUCAGACAAAAGACAAAUGUAUUUUUGCAAUACUUCAAGCAGUGCCAAACAUACUGUGGCUUCCACUUACACUGAAGUUACUUUUCAGCCACGGAAAACUGAACCUGCAACAGUCUCGUCUCAUUGUGGGAUCACGGCCGUUUCUGCCUUCUGAUACUGGUAUGCAGGUACUUUUUUUUUUGAAUGAUUGGAUUUUCUGUGUCAGGGAUUAUUUGUCGUUGGGGGUUUUUUUUGCCUUUCUCCAUUAUUAACUUUGCAUUUUUUUUUCUUUUUACAAAAUGUCAAAGCACUUUGAACUAAAAUUGAAUCAUCAAAAUAUUGAAAACUGAGUUUUUUUUUGGUUUUUUUUGAGCUAACAGUCUGUAUUCUGUUUAUUUACUGGAGGCUGUGUUUAUAUUUGAAAGGUUCCUCAUCAUAUCUGCUCCAGUUAGUCAGAAAAGCCUUUACCCACCCACCCCUGAAAGCUAUACCUCUGAACUGACCCCUUGAUUUGUGAAGGUUUUACAUAGAAACUUGUACAGGCAAUUUAUUUGUAUAUCUGAAACCUCAAACUGAUGCCAUUUAUACAGUGAAACCAAUGGUUUUGGACUCUCAGAAACUAGUUUAAAUACAGCAGAUAUUUAUGAAAAUCACUCAG